AUGGUGCCGCCUCCAUCGGCCAAGGGCGACCUGGCGCUGGUCGGGAAGUGGCUAGAAGACAAUGCGGAGACGAAAUGUCAACUUUUUAUGGAACUCAUCCGUGACGUAGCCAAUGAAAUAGAUAUAAAUUUGCUGUGUUAUAAAAUCAUUAGGAAUGUGAGCAUUCUCACCCAUGCAGAUAGAGGUUCUCUUUUCCUAACAAGAACAAGCAACCAAGCAAGAUAUCUGGUAGCCAAACUAUUUGAUGUCCGACCCGACACAUCCUUUGACGAAGCCAUGAAACUAUCAAGAUCUGAAGAGCUGAAGAUACCUUUCGGUGUAGGAAUUGCCGGAACUGUAGCUCAAAAUAAAAAAAUGAUCAAUAUCAGGGAUGCGUACAAGGACCCGAGAUUCAAUAAUGAAAUCGAUUUGAGGACAGGCUAUAAGACCAACAUGAUACUCUGCAUGCCAAUUUGCAAUUUUGAAGGUGAUGUGAUCGGAGUGGCCCAAAUCAUCAAUAAAACCAAUGACUCCCAAGAAUUCACACAACAAGACGUGGAACUUUUUCAACUUUAUAUCACAUUUUGUGGAAUCGGAAUACACAAUGCCCAGCUAUUUGAAGUAUCAGAUCGAGAACAUAAAAAAAACCAGAUACUGCUCAACCUAGCCAGAAGUAUAUUUGAAGAACAAAAUAAUUUGCAGUGCCUCGUAACAAAAAUAAUGCGUGAAGCACAGAAUCUGCUUAAUUGUGAGAGAUGUGCUGUUUAUCUUCUCAAUCUCGAUUGCUGCGAAGCC